CUCAGUAUCUGGUUUGACACUUAUAGGAACGAACAAAGAAGAGUAAUUCAAGCUUAAUCUCACCGGCGAUCUCACCGGCGAGGGGGUGAAAACGAAAGAGAAGCAUAAAAUGCAACGAGCGCCGCCAUCUCAUCCGGCCGCCGUCUCCGUUCAACCUCCGACGGAGUCACGAGAGUCAACCUCAGAGGCUCCGCCGAAGCAGGUAGCCCUGGCGAUGGAGAGACUUGGACAUGCCGGACGGUUAAUAGCAGAUAUAAGACUCAGCGCCGACCGUCUACUUGAAGCUCUAUUCGUCACCGCGCAGCCUCAUCAAGCUAACAAGUCAUUGAAUUUGAUCCUUAAGGAAGAAACUUCAACGCGACAACACCUUGAAGACCUCCGGAUCAUAGGAAGGCAAUUGGAAGAAUCCGGAGUAAUUAAUGAAUCUUUGCGUUCACGAAGCAAUUCAUGGGGCCUUCACAUGCCUUUGGUUUGUCCAGAUGGUGCUGUUGUUGCAUAUGCAUGGAAAAGACAACUUGCUGGUCAAGCUGGUGCAUCAGCUGUUGAUAGGACCAGAUUGGCUCUCAAAGCAUUCACUGACCAGAAACGACGAUUUUUUCCUCACCUAGACUGCAAUGAUGUUACAGAACCAGCUUCGAAAAAGCAUUCAAGUUCUCAAGUAUCAACCAUAAGCCAAGACGAAGAAGGUAGUGGUAUAUGGACACUGUCCGAUCUUCUAUCACACAUGGGAAGAGAUGUUCCAAACAUCAAGAUCACUACUUACCAACGGUUGGAUUGGUCAAAGAGAGCUUCUUCACUUCCCUCUUCAUCUAACAAUGGCAGCAACAACACAGAAUUAACAACCGAACAUGCUUUUCACACCCCAAGUAAACUAAGACCAGGCUCAGCCGGAGUUGUUCCUGUCGAUAAAGUUGCUGUAAUUGAACUGUUUUUGCCAUCCGUUUUUCGAGCCUUAGUCUCAUUGCAUCCAGCUGGUUCCAUCAACCCCGAUGCAGUAGCUUUCUUUUCUCCUGAUGAGGGUGGCAGCUAUAUACAUUCCAGGGGUGCUUCUGUUUAUCAUGUAUAUAAACACAUGAAGGAACAUGGUGAUACGGCUCUUCAGUAUUUUCUAGGCUUGAGACCUGAAACUGCUCUACAUUCUUUAUUGCAUUGGAUAUGUAACUAUCAGGGUCUAUUCUCGAAAACUUGCAGUAAGUGUGGACGGCUAUUGUCAUUGGAUAAGCAGUUAGCUUUAGUGUUACCUCCGGUUCAUCGCCCUUACAGGAACUUGCCUAUUUGUAAAGCUUCCUCGAAUCAACAUGGUUCUUCGACUAGGGAUCAGAAUUCGGCUAGUAGUAGCAUGCAUGCUUAUCAUAUUAACUGUUCUGGGGAGGAAAGAUAGUAUUUUUUAGAAAACAUCAGACAUUUUUCACAAGUUGAGUUUAAUAGACCUGCAGAUUGUCAAAUCUAUCCACACUUAGUGAAGAUGUUUUUUCUUUUAUCCAACAAUGGUCUAGAGAUUCACUAGUGGAUACUGAUUUGCAUUGUACCCUUGUUUGUUGUUUAUAAAUGAAAUGCC